CCCCUCCCCUUCCGGUGAGGCGCGAGCAGAGCGAAGCAGGAACGUGGACGCCGAUCUUCCCGGUAAGUCCUGUGCCGGGCGGUAGCGGUCCACGUUGAAGCCCCCAGUGCCCAGGACCCAGGCUGGACUAGUUCUCAUCGUGAAGACAGCUCUACCGCAGAGAUGGUCAACGUACCUAAAACCCGAAGAACUUUCUGUAAGAAGUGUGGAAAGCAUCAGCCUCACAAAGUGACCCAGUAUAAGAAGGGCAAGGAUUCCCUAUAUGCCCAGGGAAAGAGGCGCUAUGAUCGAAAGCAGAGUGGCUACGGCGGGCAGACAAAGCCAAUUUUCCGGAAGAAGGCUAAAACCACAAAGAAGAUCGUGCUGAGACUUGAAUGUGUUGAGCCCAACUGCAGAUCCAAGAGGAUGCUGGCUAUUAAGAGAUGCAAGCAUUUUGAACUGGGAGGAGAUAAGAAGAGAAAGGGCCAAGUGAUCCAGUUCUAAGUUUUGGGAAUCUUUUGUUCUUUGAUUUUUGAGAGGAAGAUGUUGAAGCUAUAGAAAAAUUGCCUGUAUGAAAAUAAAUACAGUGAUACUCUUA